UGCUGCCCAGCUUAAUCCAUUGAGCCAACAUGUGUGAACGUGGCUUUAAAAGAAGAGUAGUGGAUGUGUGUGUGUUUGGGGUUAAGCUGUUUAACCCCAGUGCUCUGCGAAACCUGGCUGCAGCCCCUGGCUCUGCCACGUUACCCUCGUGUGACCUUAGGCAGGUCACCGUGGUUGACACCUGCUCCUUGGGCAGGCCUCCCAAAAGACGUCAGGUGCUAAGGUACCCCAAGGCCGGCUCUCCUCGAUCCUUUGUGGACUGGGGUUCAUCUGCAAGGAGACAAACCCUUCCCCGUUCCCAUCUUCUCCGUGUAGCCAGGGACUGACUGUGCAGCACUGAGCACAUGCAGGCUUCCCCUCGGUGCAGAUGUUUCUGCAGCCCAGCGAAACAUGCACUGCCACAGUCAGAAAUGGGCCCUGGUCUAAAUCUAUAAACCAUUAAGUUCUGUGACUUGACUCUUCUACUCUGUCCAAUAAAUAAUUUUGUCCUGAAUAAUUUUUUUGAGACCUCCUCUCACAUUAGAGCACUAACCUGCUGCGACCAGACAGCAGAGGAAGUCAAGUCUGGUUUCGGUUUCCCUAGCUGAAUACCUCAGCCCCAGCUCGCUCCCCACGGUGGUUCUAGAUUUGGUUCAGUAUACUUCUCCAUAUGCCCAGAUAACCUCAAAACCAAACCUCAAUCUGCCUUCCAGGUGUAGCUGUCAUUAGUAAAUGCUCAUUUUGUGUCAAUCCCUGUGCUGGAAAAAUUGUGGAGGUACAGACCCCUCCUGAGGGGAUUACUCACAGCCGGCUGAACAUGCCCGGGCCCAAGAGGAGGAUCGCAUCCGCAGGCAGCAGUGGGAGGUCUGGAGAGGAGCAGGCUUUGCUCUGCUCUUCCUCUGACCUCAUAGGAGCUGGUUGUCCAGCAGCCAGCCCAGCUUGCAAACUGCUGGGAGGAAAGGAGCGUGAGCGAACAUUGGGCACGGUUCUUGGCCGUGCCCACGAGUCAGCGGAGUAUACACAGCUCUUGCUCCUACUCACUGGUUCUUGCUCUGCCAUGACUCUGCGCCUUGGGUACCUGCAGAGCAGCUGCCCUCUUGCCAAGGGAAAAAAAAGUCUUGAAUGUUGGGGUUUUUACACUCCACUGCUUUCUUGCUGGAAAAGUGGAUUUUCAGUGGACCUGUUAAACCCCAUGUAAACAAAGUCAUCUAGCAGGUUGACUGUGUAACACUUAAAUUCCACAGGGCUGGCCACUCCCAGCUUUAGGAGACAAAGCCACCUGGAGCAUCUGAGAGGCCUAGCGCUGGCUUGUCUGCCCCAGGCAACGUUUGCUGCAAAGGGACAGGUGGACAGGGACUAUCUCUUGCUACAGGGACUGGUUCCUAGGAGAGCAGAGCCCUGGCCUCAAGGCACUGCUCUAACUGUAACAUCAGGGAACUUGGACUGCUCGCACUCCGACUCCUGGAGCGAGGUGGUGUUUGUCAAGCUGCAAUCAGUGCUUACCUCACGGUCUCCUUCUUCCAUCCUAGUUUGUAGCCCAGCUACUGGGUUUCCUGAUCAGUGUGGUCAGCUCCAUAUUCUGUGGCCAUCUGGGGAAAGCUGAGCUAGAUGCUGUGACACUGGCCGUGUCCGUUAUCAACGUGACGGGCAUCUCCAUUGGUUCUGGUUUAGCCUCAGCAUGUGACACACUGAUGUCCCAGACAUAUGGUGGCAAGAACCUGAAGCAGGUGGGCACCAUCCUGCAGCGGGGGAUCCUCAUCCUGCUGCUGUGCUGCUUCCCUUGCUGGGCAGUCUUCAUCAACACUGAGAGGCUCCUCCUGCUCAUCCGACAGGACCCUGAGGUCUCCAGGUUAACGCAGCUCUACGUGAUGAUCUUUAUUCCAGCUCUUCCUGCGGCAUUUCUGUACCAGCUACAGACAAGAUAUUUACAAAGUCAGGCGAUCAUUUUGCCUCAGGUGAUUACGGGUAUUGCAGCCAACAUCCUCAAUGUGGCCAUGAACGCCAUCUUUCUGUAUGCACUGAAGCUGGGCAUGGUGGGCUCUGCCUGGGCCAACACUGUUUCUCAGUACACUCAGGCCAUUCUCCUCUUCCUUUAUGUGUGGUGGAAGAAGAUCCAUGUGGAGACCUGGGGAGGCUGGACUAGGGACUGCCUGCAGGACUGGGGUUCCUUUAUCCAGCUGGCUGUGCCCAGCAUGCUCAUGAUGUGUAUUGAGUGGUGGACUUUUGAGAUCGGGAGCUUCCUGGCAGGGCUGCUCAGCGUGGUGGAGCUGGGUGCACAGUCUGUGAUCUAUGAGCUCUCCUGUGCAGCGUACAUGGUGCCACUAGGCUUCAGCGUGGCCACGAGCGUCAGAGUGGGCAAUGCCUUGGGAUCAGGGGAUGCAGUGCAAGCCAAGACCUCCUGCAUCACUGCUCUGCUGUGUUCAGGAGUGUUUGCUGUAGUGGUUGCAACGUUACUGGGAGUCCUAAAGGAUGUAGUGGGCUACAUCUUCACCAGUGACAAGGAGAUCGUUACCUUGGUGUCCAAAGUGAUGACGAUCUUUGCUCCGUUCCACUUGUUUGAUGCAGCAGCAGCGACCUGUGGCGGUGUGCUGAGGGGCGCAGGGAAACAGAAGAUGGGUGCUAUCGCCAAUGCUAUUGGCUAUUACGCCAUCGGCUUGCCCAUCGGCAUCUCGCUGAUGUUCGCAGCUAAGCUGGGGGUGUUAGGUCUGUGGGUGGGGAUGAUUGUUUGCAUCUCUUUGCAAGCCCUUUCCUUCUCAGCCUUUGUCAUACGCAUGGACUGGAAGAAAGCUGCAGAAGAGGCUCAAAUCCGAGCUGGACUGGAAAAACAACUGGAAGACGUGAACUCCAAUGGCACAGCUGCUAACAAAACAUCUGUUCUGGAUUACGUCUCUGUCAACGCAGACACUGCAGACACUGUGGUCCUGCCCAACAGCAUCAUGGGAGGUGAGAGGCAACCUGAUCACCAGCUCAUCAUGCAGGAGGAGCCUACCGCCUCCACUGCUCCUCCAGUGGUAGGAAGAGCCCUCAUCCUCCACCGGGUGCUGGUUGCUGCUGCAGCCGUUGCUGUUCUGCUCGCGGGCAUGCUGGUUCGGCUCCUAACUGGCAAUGGAUAGAGCUAUGUCAGUGUGCCGCCGAGGAACCGUGACUGCACAGAGCAGGAGGGCACAUGGUAAUGUCCUAGGAAGAUGAUGAUCGGGGAAAGAAUCCCCUGCCUCAGUAGCUUGUUAAGAGUCACUUUGCUCAAUUUCUGGUUAAGUCAAAAUGUCUCAUCUCACAUGCUCAGUUCUUAAAGGUGGCGAGGAUGCAACACCCGGGAAGGAAGUGCAUGAGAGGCUGUCCCCUCUCCUGCACUGCACUGGGGAUGUCACUUGUGAUGGGGCUAGAGCAUGUCUUAGGGCUGGCUAGGGAAGGAGACAGGCCUUGUGCUACUGUCCUCCUAGACACUGGGAGCGUUUGACCACGUGCUUUGGUAAUGGCAGAGGCUCAUGCUACUCACAAAGCAUGUUCUCUUGCAGACCUGCCUGUACCAGCAUCUUGGCAUGUCAGAGCCCACUCGCUAAUGCUACAACAGUGCAUUGCAGUGCAAGGCCAAAUUUGUUGGAAAAUGGCUGACUCCCAUCAGGGCGCUGGUUGCUGGCUCCUGGCCCUGCUCUCCCCUGUGUUGGCAGGCACAGGGCCUAGAGCAACUCCCCUUUGCACUUUUGUAACCUGGCAUUUUGAUACAAUAAA